AUGUACCAACGUAAGAGAUUUAGUGUUCGAAGGUGAGUUUUUGAAUUUUACUUAUACUGUGGGUUCUCUACAUAGUGAAUCAUCUGUAUAAACAACUCCCUUUAUAGUAAACAGGAAAAUUGGCCUUGCCAAUUCAAUUUGCACUAAAAAUCGCUCUGUAAAGGGUAUAGUAAACACAAAAUUUUGGACCCUUUGGAUUACUUAUAUAGAGUACUGUAAUUGAAAUAAAUUGUGUAUAUACAUAGUCGAAAAGAACACGUUUUUACUUUUAAUUAUGCACGUAUACUUUUUAAACUAUUUAUGAACGAAUUGUAAUAUUUUCAAUAUAUUUUCUCACAUUAAAAACUUGUUACUUUUUCCAAGCUUUAUAAGUACUGCUCAGUUAUUUCAUAAAGUGUUAAGAAAUAUAGUUCAACGACUAAACAAUGUAGUUUAAUGCCACUAAGGUUGUGUGUUUUGUUUUUGCGUUAAACCUAUUAUAAAUUAUGUAUUGUGGGAAGGUUUGGAAUAAGGAAAUUAUUGUUUGAGAGCUCAUGUUCCGUGUCUGUUUUUUACCGUAACUCCGAAACUAAAAGUACACUUUAUAUAUUAGAAUGUAAAAAAUUACAAACUACUAGUGAUCAAUGUGUUGUAAUAAUAAUUAUUUCGUAGUAAAUUAAAAUAAAGAAUUUUAGAAAUGGCACAAGAAGAUGGAAAUACGCUAGAGAAGGGGAAGAAGAAAAACCAUUGAAGGAGAACAUGCCAAUGUCAGUACGAAUUGAAAGCACAACGUUCAACGAAGACAAACAAAAACAAGCGGUUGAGAUUGCUAACCAUGCUUUGGACAUUUGUUGCAGUGAAAGUGAAAUUGCGUCGUUUAUCAAAACAAGGUUUGAUGACAUCACUGGUAAGUUUUGGUGCUGAGGCAGCAAAGCAUUGGGAAAAUAACGAGGUAUAUUUUCUACAAUAAGAUCCUGUUGAAGCUUUGAUUUUUAGUUAAAAUUUAUGCAAAAGUUAGUUUUUUAUAGAUAGAUGUCACCAUGUUAUUGUGGGCAGAAACUUUGGUUCCCAUAUAAGUGCUGAAGAAUACAUAAAGUUUAGGGCUACCAAAAUCAUUAUCUUGAUAUAUCAAUGUGGUUCGUUGGAUUAA